AACAAAAUGUCAGAAGAAGAUGAAGUGAUAUGUGAAUAAUGUUAAAAUGUUCCAACAUAGUUUGUUAUUCUAGAUUGUGAACAUAAAUUUUGUUUAUAUUGCAUUUCUCAUGCAAUUCAUAAAGAUGAUAGUGGAGUACCUUGUCUAAAAUGCAAUGUUCCAACAGUUUUAGAUCAUGAAUCAUUACAAGCAGUGUAAUAAACAAAAGAAUCAUAUUCACAAACUUAAAAAUCAUAACCUAAUUAUAUUGUUAGACCUUUUACAACAGAGAAACGAUAACAUUUUUAACCACUUCAAGAAGAUGUUACUAUAAAAGGACAUCCUUGUUUAGAAAAAUUAAAUUUAGCAGUUGAAAGAAGUCUAGAUAAAAUAAGAAACAUUCAGUUUGAUAAAUAGUAAGUAAAGGAUAAAUGUUAAUCAUAAAAAAAUGAUAUAGAUACAGAGUUUAAAUCUUUACACAUGUAUUUAGAUUCAAAAUAAGAAGAAUUUUACAAUUAAUUAUGUAAUAUUGAAACUACUUAUUUGAAUGAAUUAACUAAAGAGGAAGAAGCUUAAGUAAAGAUUUUUAUUAAUUUAAGUAAUUAGACAUUGAAGAAAUGAGUAUUAUAAAGAAUGAAAUUAAAUCAAUUUUGAAAAAUUACGAUAAUUAAGAUAUCUAUACAUUCAAAUAAUUAGUAGCUACAGUAGAUGGUAUAGUUUAAGAUAAGUAGUUAUCAAUCAAAUAACUUGUAAAUAUAAUUAUAAUUAAAGAAUUUGUUCAAAUAAAUGUAAGACGAGCUAUAACAGCUUUCUAAAAAAUAGGCUUAAUUUUAUUAAGAUUUCAGAAGGUUUUUCAAUAUUUUAUAACCUUUAUAAAUAUCAUUGGUCUAAAAUUAUGCCAGCCCUAUUAAAAUAGAAUAUGGAGCUUCUAUUACAAGGUAUUAUAUUUAUAAAUGAAUUAAGUGAUAUCUAAGAUAAGAUAAGAGAAUUAAAGAAUCGAAAUUCUAGAUCAAUGAAUUCAUCAUAACUGAAUAAUUCUCGUUCUUAGAAUUCUCCACCUAAAAAUACAUUUCUAAAUGAAGAAAUAAAUAUAUCAAGAAGACUCAGUCGAGAUUAAACUAAUGUUGUUGGAUAAAGGAAAUUAGGGACUUCUCCUAUGGAUGCAAAAACUGUACUAUAAAGUUCAAUGAAGCAUAAUAAUAAAUCAAAUUCAAAAUUCAACAAAAUAUUAAAUAGUCCUCUUACACUUGCAGGAUUUUCAUAUUUGAGUUGA